CACGACAGGGCAUAUGUCGCUGAUCCUCACGUCGGUAACUCGCUAGGCCGCGAAGAAGAUGCCCUCAAAAACAAGCCCCGCACACCACGCGGUCGCAUCAGAGUUGCAAGGAAAGGAGAAGUUCUUCAAAUGCAGCGGGUUAGAAUUCGUCGACAUCGCCGUUUCUGAGAAAGCUUUGGAAAUUCUACUGCCUCAAGUUUCAUCUCCUGUCACCAUAGUUUGGGAGGACAUAACCUUCCGUGUUCAAGCCGACAAAGGAAAGAAAGCGCUGCUUAGUAGCCUUUACGGGAAGGCAUCCCCAGGAACUCUGACGGCCGUCAUGGGACCAUCCGGGGCCGGCAAAACUACUCUGCUCAACAUAUUAUCAGGCUUCUACGAUAAAGGCUACGCAGGUGAGGUCCACGUUAACGGCUAUGUUCGCGACCCCAAGCUCUUCAACAUGCAAAGCUGUUACAUUAUGCAAGACGACUGCUUGCUGAAAGACUUGACAGUGCGGGAAACCCUCGGAAUGAAAUUCGAGCUGCGCACGCCGGAGCUUGAGGAUGGAAGCGCUUCCCAUUUUGUAUCAGAAACCAUAACCAAAUGGGGCCUGAACAACUGCGCCAACACGCUGGUGAAAUCGCUUUCGGGCGGAGAAAGGAAGCGCCUGUCUAUUGCACAGGAACUCAUCGGAAACCCGCCCCUCGUAUUCCUAGACGAGCCAACAAGCGGAAUGGACAACAGUUCGGCGCUGCGCUGCGUUCGUGUGCUCAAGUCUCUUGCUUCGUGCGGACACACCGUGAUUUGUGCAAUCCAUAAUCCAAGCACUACGCUGUUCUCGCAUUUCGACAGACUUUACGUGCUUUCGGAAGGAAGAUGCAUAUACAAUGAUUCGGGGAACAAACUGUUGGAAUUUUUGGAUUCUCAAGACCUUCACUGCCCACUUCACACCAACCCUACUGACUUCAUUACAGAGAUAGCCGCUGGAGAACAUGGAGGAGUGAGAGGGAACUUGUCCAAGCUGUUCAUUCCCGAUCAAGUCAACCGUGACAAAAAUAAAUGCACUGAUUCUUUCAAGUUCAGCCCUCAUGGAGGACGGUUUAUGACUGAGAAGGAAAAGAAAGAGCAAAUGCAUCAGUACCGGUUCCGAGCAAAAUACCAUCGGCAGUUCAUGACACUGUUGAAGAGGUGCUUCAUUUGCAUCACUAGAAACAAGGUUACCACGCUCGUCCGCAUAGCGGCAUCUUUGUUCUUCGCUUUCCUGUUGUCCAUUUUGUACUAUGGUUGUGGAAACAGGGCCGCUCAGAUUCGGGACACGGCUGCCUUGUUUGUUGUCACUACGUUCGUGUUACUGCUGGGAUUCGUAAGCAGCACCGUACUCAUACUUCCCUUGGAGAUUGACGUUGUCAUGCGAGAGCAAGGAAACAGGUGGUACGACCCAAGUUUGUACUACGUUGCAAGAAUAAUCGCCGAAAUACCAGUUACGAUUGUCUGUCCUCUCUUGAUGAUUUCCAUCGUCCAUUGGAGCACUUCUCAGCCUAUGGAGUUGUCGCGGAUCGCCAUCAUCGCACUUUUCGCUGUCCAGAUGUCCUCAACCAGUCAAAGCAUUGGUUACAUUUGCUCGGCACCUCUGAACCCUGAGCUGGCUGUAAUCGUGGGCCUGGCGUCGGCGGCACCGGUCUUCUUGUUCAGCGGCUUCUUGGUGCAACGCCGGUACCUGCUACCGGCUCUCGCGUGGCUUCCGUACUCGACGCCUAUAUACUACGCGUACCGAGCUAUGAUGACUGCGGUAUUCGGUGGAGGCCGCGGUCCACUCGAGUGCGACGAACGAGACGCAGAUGUACUGUGCGUGCCUGUGGACGGCGCGCAAGUGCUGCACAUGCUGGACGCAGAAGACGUGAACUUGGCGGCGUAUUCCGGUAUUGUGUUGGCUAUGGACCUGCUUUUGAAGGUUAUCGGGUUCGUGCUGCUUAAGUGGAGGCUCAGGCGCAAUAGCUGAGAAAACUUUAGCGCUACGAAAAUCACGUCUUAGAAGAAAAAGGUAUCUAGCAGUUCAUAUAGGACACUGCAUAGGUCACAGGUGAAAAAAAAAUCUAGGAGCACAUGUGCAUCAUACAGCAAGACACCAUCAAAGUGUAGCUACAAGGCCUCUCUUCUGAAGAUAAAUAAAGUAUCUUUGCAAACAACUUGCAAAUUUGCAAAUACACACACGCACAUACACACGUGG